GGGCAGAGUGGGGAAGUGUAAGGAGAGAAGUAUCUAGCCCAAAGCUGGCAAAAGCUCUGCUGAAAUGAAGAACUGAGCUCAGGACUUCCCCUUCUUUAUGAUGAAACUUCUCAUCUGAAGAAAAUAGAAACGGAGAGUGUGAAGGUAGUUGGACCAUGGCCAGCCCUGCACGUCAGCAUGAACAAGGGUGAAGAGAAGAAAGUACCCGAGAAGACUCUUCAUGCCCCUGUGUCACCUUCAGCUGUACCUGACCAUAUGAAGUGCAACAUCCUUAAAGCUCAAGUGGAAGCUGCUUUUAGAGUAGGCACCCAGGCUGUGAAAGAAGAGACCUCUUUUGUAAAUCCCAGUAAGACCUCCAGCCUGCAGGACCCUAAUGUAAGAAGUCCAGCUCCAGUGCGACCUGAAACUACGCCAUCAACUGGCCCUACAGAAAAGCAGGAGAUUAAAGUUUCUCGUGUGAGGAAGUUAACAAGGCAGUACAGUUUUGAUGAAGAUGACCUUCCUCCAGCACUGGCAGCAGCAGCAGUUGCAUCAACACCUGUAUCUUCAGCAUCUCCUGGGUCACAGAAAACGUGUACACCACAGACAUCAGAAGGACAAACACAGGUUUCACCUGGUGGCAAGGCAGAAUUUACAGACAGCAAAAUACAAUGCUGUGUGGUGCAGUCAUCUCCUAAGAUAACGCCGGUGGCUCCAUCGCCCGUGCUGAGAUCCUUGGCAGAGACCGUACCCACUCCAACAGUCCAGACAAUAUAUACGUCACAUAAACCAGUUUCACUGGCAGACAGCGCUGAAACUCUGAGGCGUGAACUUGAGAGAGAGAAAAUGAUGAAAAGACUCUUGAUGACAGAAUUAUGAAAUUCGCACUUCGAUCAGAUGGAGAAUGGAUUGGGGCCUUUCAUGUGCCUUCUGUCUGUUUACAUUCCUCUGCUUCUGUGUACUCAACAUAAUGCAUCCGGAAAAUGUGUGAUAUCCCUGGCUCGCCUGGAUUCACCACGGUUGGUUAAAAUUAAGUCUCAGCUAGACUUUAACUUGAAGGAGUUCCUUUAUUCAUUCGCUGCUGGGAAAUAAACCUUCAAUCCUUUGUCUCUCCUGAGAUUUUAUACUAUUGACACAAUUAAUUUCAGGUUUGGUUUUGGUAGAUCUAGGGCAAAAAAGGAUCAGCAAGGAGCAUACGGAUUUCUACUGGGAAACACUGUUCUGUACAUAUGUUAA